GGCCAGCAGCACUAUUACGUUCGACGCGGUCACGGCAGCACUAUCGUUAUUAGUGUAGCGUUCGGGAGCGCGCUCGCGUGUGUGUGUGUGUGUUUGUAUGUUUUUCUAUAAUUGUUUGUCCCUGCCGUCAGUGCGCGAGUGUUAUAUAUCACAUUUUUUACUAAUAUAACUAUUAUUAUUAACUACGUUCCGACGUACCGUGAUUCGCGAUUAUCUCAUUAUAGUGCGAAUCAUUUACUAGUAUGCUAGUGCGGCGAUCCGCCGUUACGUCGCGGUGUUAUCGUUGGUCGUGUGUAUCGCUGCCCGACCCGAAUUGGGAUGCCCAGGGCGGGCACGCGAUGUGAGUAACUAGGGCUCGCGCAGAAAUUUGUGCGAAUUUCGACACACUUUGGCGGAGGUAGUGGUCGCUACGGUGCUUUGCGCGUUAUAACAUUUAAACGGUCGAAAAUGGAAGGUGACAACCGGCAGCAGCAGCAGCAGCAGGUGAAUAAUCCGCACAUCAAGAAGGUGCUCAAGACCUAUCAGUUGAGCGCUCCCAGGAGUUUGCAAGGCCCGAACCUAGUGUUGGACGAAACGUCGGCCACCGCGGUAGCCGUAAGUUCUCCGAAGACGGACGCCGAUGCUGGCAAACGCAACAAGACGCCUCCGCCGCCUCCACUGCAUCCCGUGCUGUACGUGCCCGACCAGUCGGGCUGCGAACUGUUCGAGACCGAAUUGGAAUGGGAAAAGAUCGCUUGCUUCAUGGUCGGCGGCGAGAUGAGGCUGUGCCUGCCGCAGAUACUCAACACGGUGCUGCGCGAAUUCACGUUGACCCAAAUCAAUCAGGUGUGCGACGAGCUGCGCAUUUAUUGUUCUCGAUGCACCGUCGAGCAGCUGGACGUUCUUAAGCAGUGUAACAUACUGCCAGCGACGGCGCCGUCUUGCGGCCUCAUGACCAAGACAAACGCCGAGCGACUGUGCUUCGCGUUGCUGCACCGCGUCCCUCCCCCGCCGGCUCAGAUACCGGAGGACGUGGUCACGUUUUCGUUCGAAGUGUUCCACGACGUGUUCGGCAAAACCCGUGGCGUCUGCAUGCCGGAACUGUAUACCGAAAAGUUCAGCGCAUGUAUCCAGUGCAUCGAGUGCAAAGCAUUGUUCGCACCGCAGCAGUUUGUCAACCACAUACACAGGUUCAAGGGCACCAACUCCUGUCAUUGGGGUUACAAGCGAGAAAACUGGAAAGCGUACAUCAAGGUGUCGCACGGACACCCGGAUUACUCGGAAGUGGUCAAGUUGUUCGAGACUUUCAAGGAACACAUUGAGGAUUCUCCCGCCGCGGUAUUUUCUUCCCGCAAACGCAAACAGCUGAUGGAAUUGGUACCGGAGUCAUGUACUGUGCGGUCGUCCAGAACGGAAACACCGCCGCCGUCAAUGAAGAGGACCAAGUUGGAGGAAGCACCUACUCAGGCCGUGGCGGCCGCUUAUUAUUCGGCCCUGAGCAUGACAGCACCCACGUUGCCCAACUACAUGGUGGAUCCGUUCCAUUAUUUCUACAAUCCUUGGGUACCACCGCCAGCCGUUUAUCUUAACAAUCCGCAUUCUCAUCUUUACAGGAAUGACAACCUGAUCAAACGAGAGAGGCCGCCGCGACUCGUGGAUCCGCAAAAAGUCAUAUCUCACACGCAAUCCGAACAGUUCAGCAGGAGCUUCCAACCAAACGUCGCUCUAGCACCUCCGACCAAGCUUAACGGCACUUCGACCACAGUCAACAUUAACAACAAUAACAACAACGAAGAUAUUGUAAAACUUACGGUCAAAUUUGAAGACAAAGAAGAACAACAAACAAAAGAGGUCGUUCAAACGCAAGAGUCGCAGAAGAAGUACAACAGCGUUGCCGCAAGUGUUAUGGAACAAGUAGCUGCAGUGUUAGAUGCUCUAAGUGAUGCCAAGGAGACGACGAGGCAACAAGUAAUAGAUUUGGUCGAGGGUCUCGCUAUGAGGCUUGAGUCGGUAGAGUCAAAAAACCAACAGCUUGUCAGAGAGAAUGAAUUCCUCAAGGAUCAGUUAAAAAUGAAAAGGCUUAUGAACAAAGAAGACCCGGUCAGUGCUGAUGACGCAGUGAUCAAAUGGGAGGAAGAGGAACCCAGCUCAAAAGGUUUACCAUUAUCGAAUAAAAGGUUUAGUCCUGUGUCCGUGAUAACUUCUCCACCCUGUCAGAUAAAAACGCCUCCUCCUUGUAUGCCACAGUCCAAUUCAGUUUUGAUCAAAUCUGAAUCUGUCGACUGAUACAAAUAUUUAGCGUUAACACACCCAGUUUAUUAUUAUUAUUUAUUUAAAUAAUGCUACCACCGACACUUGAUCUCCUUUAAGAAAAAAUAUGUAUAAAUUAUACAAGCUUUUUAUAAUAUUUAUUGUUCAGUACGAUUAUAUAUUAUUAUUGUAUGUAACAUAUUUUGUUAAAUCCUUUGUCUCGUGUAUAUAAUCUUAAUUUAAAUUGUUAAUCUGAUUUUCUUAAUUUUUGAUGAAUUUCUUUCUAUUUUUAUUUUUUUGUUAUGAAUUUUUAGUUUAGGACCAUUUUUAUUUAUUUAUUUGGAUUUUUUGUUAUACAAUUAAAUUAUUUAUAUUUAAAGUUGCUGUGCCAAUUUCUAUUUAAGUAUAUUAAAACAAAGCGAGAAUAUUUGAUAAAACAUUCUAGAGUCUGGACUCGAUGUGAAUAUUCAGUUGUUGUUCUUUAUUACUUGUUGUUAUUGUGAGAAAAGAUUAUUUGAUAUAGAUUGAUAAAGAAAGUUUAUUUUGAGAAUGUUGUGACUUCUACAUGAAACCAUUUUAUUUUUAACUGAGUGUUCUAAAAAUGUUAAUUCUGCCAUUUAAAAAUUGUAUUAUAGCUCCGAUAAUAUUUUUAAUUAAAAAAACAAUUAUAGUUGUAGACUUCAAAAUUACAUCUUUUCGCAAAAUAGUCAUUCUUAUUAUGCCCAUUACAUUAAAUUAUUUUGUAUUUAAUUUGCGUACAACAAUUAUAUUAAUACACCAAAGACAGGGCGCGAACGGUAAGAUUAAUCAACGUUUUAAAACAUUUCCUAAUACGAUUAUGAUAAUGUAUAAUUAUAUACAUUUUAAGAUUACAGUAUAAGUAUUAUUAUGUAAAUAAAGAAAUAUUUAUAAAUUUAUUUAAAAAACGAACAAUAUCCCUUUCUCUUGGGCUAGAUGAACUCAGUACAAAAUAGAAAGUGCCUUAACUCUGCAAUACUCUAACCUUUACUUUAAAUUACAUAUUUUAUAGUUAUGUAGUUAAUCAGACGCCCUACAACUUUUAGUAUGCUUGAAUUUGUUUAUAAUAUUGUUUCAAUCAAAUUAUUAUAGUCGCUUAGAUAUUUAUGUGAACAUUAGUAGAAUCCAUGUCGUAUUUUAAUGAUGAUAGUACAUAUUAUGUUUGUACGUAUGAAAAUAAAUCACACAUAUGUGUUUCAUAGAUUAUAUUGUAUCAUGUGUAAUAUAAAGGUUUAAAAACGUUCUAAGUGUAAACUAAAGAUGUAUAAUUAGUUAGUUACCACACAAUUGUAAUAAGUACCUGAUAUAUGACCGAUUAUAACUCAUAACUAUACCUACAUAUACACACAUUUAAUUUGUUUUCUAUUAAUUUCCAUGAAUAGUAAAGUAAUUCAAAAAUGUAUUUAUUUAAUUAAAAAAACAUCGAGUCUUCCUUAAACAACUAACUCGUAAAAAAGAUUUCUAUAUUUUUUACUCUAUAUAUUUUUUUUAUCCUGACUCCUGUGCAAUUUAAAUAAAGUUCACAUUAGACUACUAGAUAAAUAGUUAUUUAACAAAAUAUGUAGUGUAAACAACCAUUGUGUUCAUGAAGUUUUCUCAUAAUAUUAAUUAAUAAAAUUAAGAAUAAUUUGCAGUUUAAAUGUUCUUGUAUAUUUUAUCGUUGAUGUAUAGAUAUUUUUUCUGUAGUUUCUAAGAGUUGUUUUACUCAGGUGUAAAGCGAAACAUUUAGUUAUUUCGUUUUAUUAUUUUUCUUUUUAUUAAAAUGUUAAGUUUUUUUUAAGUAACUUCUAUUAGGUAGUUUUUAAUUGUGCCAAGCUUUAUUAAGCACUUUUUAAGUAAACCGAGUCAUGUUUUGUAUAUACCUGCCUAUUACUGAGCAUAUGUAAUUAUAAAUAUAUACGUUUGUAUGUCUAUACAAUACAUAUACAUGUUUUAACAUACAUACAUACAUAUGUGUAUAACUAAAUGUUAUGUUUAUAUAAUUCAA